AUGGCUUCCUCUCUUGCUGCGCAGCUGUCGCAGAUUGCGGCCAAAUCAACCCAUGAGCUUGAUCUCAAAACCCAGCGGAUCGCUCAUUCACAGUCACUGAUCUUUGAUUACAACAUUGCUGGUUCCCAGGACUUUGACACUAUCUAUGAAAUCUGUUAUGAAGGCUUCCGGGAGCUUUGCUCACUGGAUGGCCGAUUUGAGGAGUUUGAACGCACGAUUUUCAGUGAGCAGAGCAAGGCCGAGGAUCGAACACAGAUGAACGCCACACAGAACGAGGAACUGGAUACUGUUAUUGAGAAUUUCCUGGCACUUGUUGGAGGACGUCUGCAGCUCAGCCCUGCUGUUAAGGCAGUGGAAUGGUUGGUACGAAGGUUUAGAUCGCACGAGUACAACACAACCUACAUGGUUCUGACAUUCUUGCCCUACCAUACCACACCGCUUUUCCUCAAUCUUCUCUCGAUACUGCCCAAUGAUCUUACCCCGACAUUGAAAGUCCUUUACCCUUAUAAGACAGGCCUUAUCAACCCUCCCCGACACCCUAUCGUGCACAGCGCUACCACAAACAAACCUUUUUUCUCAGCCUUUAACAACUAUGUGUUAAAGGUAUGUCAGCAAGGUGCCCAGAGCCACUCCCUGCUUUCCUUCUGGGCGGGAAUUACCACCGAGGCUGUUGCAGGUAUGCUGGACGGUGCUCGCUCGGGUCGACGAGAGGUUGAGAAGCAGAAGCACGAGGAUGUUAUAAUUCGCGUGCUGCCGAUUCUUAGCAGCGGUUUCGCCUUGAAGAAGGUGUCCGAACUGAUUAUCGGUUGCUACAUGAUCUCCGUUGUGCUAGCUCAAAAAGCUUCCCUGGCCGACGAUGUUCUAGACGGCCUGAUGGAGACCGUGGUUACUUCAUGGAAAGAGGAAACAUUGAGUUCUGGCUUGAUUUGUUUGUCGGUUCUUGCUCAGCAGAAGCCAACCGCUACCCUGCCAAAGAAGGUGUUCAAGGCCCUUAUUCGCCUUGACCGCCCCAUGCAGCAAUUGUCCGAAGUUGCGACACAAUACAACACAUCCAAGCUUUUGAUUGGGCUUGUUGAUGGAUUCGUCAGUGACUUGCAGAAGAACAGCGUGCACCUCACUCUUUUGUCAUCUGUUUUCGAAGCCAAGGUCUUGCAGGAGGAUGAAGUGAAACAAGCUAUGGUUAUGGUCCUCAAGUCGGCCAGUGACAUUGAAAAGACUCGCGAUAUGUCUUUGGAAACCCAAACACAGCUUGCUGAGCUGAUCCAAGGAUUUAGCCGGUCUAGCUUCCUUCAGCCAACCUUCCAAAACUUGCUGGCGGAAUCAUCCUUCAACGUCUCAGCAUUGGAGCACAAUCUGCAAACCGUCGUUGAGGCACCCGUUCAACCUCAGCUUAUCCAAGACGUGGAGAUGGAGGAUAUUGACGAUGAUGUCGACAACUUCACACCUGCCUUUGAGUCAUUGUCUAAGGAACCCAAAUUCCCGUCUUCAUUCCUGACCAAGCAGUACAUCCCCGAGUUCAACAACCUUGUUCAGGUUUUUGCCUUGGCCGUCGAAUCUGAAUCCAAAUUUGCUCAAUUUGUUGGUCUCCCAAUCCUUGCCAAGGCCGAUGCGACGAAAUCUCCGCAAUUCCUGUCGUUCUUCACUCGGGUUAUUUCCGGACCUUAUCCCUUGGGAACAAAGAUUGCUGCACUCAAUUCUAUUGCCUCCGUUCUAUCAUCAGUGAACGGUGACUUCGACCCUCAGGCCCUGUUGCCCUUCCUACUCGUGGCUCUUUGUGAUCCCUCCGAGCGCAUUCGUCGUGAGACCACCGGUGUUUUGGCUCUCAUUGUUACCAUUUACAAGAACAACAAGAAGGCAGAUGCCAAACCCUGGGCUCACGACGUGAUCUACGGCAAGGGAACUCAAUCUUCUAGCGUUUCAUGGCUGCCCACUACUGAUGUCCUAAAGGUACUGGAGCGUGCAUUGCUGCCUGGACUUGAGGAGUACAUUCUGGAUCCUACCUAUAUUGCUAAGGUGCUUGAUGCUACGAUGCGCGGAUCUGUUCUGUCGGACGAUUCCGGUGCUUCGGAACUGAAGAAGUCUCUUCGUUUGGGCUUUUUCAAAUUCCUUUCUUCUAACACGAUUCAAAUGCCAAUUUAUGGUCCCAAGUUUGGCCUUCUCCGUUUGCUUAACAAUGUUAAGAAGGUUUCGGGAACCACUCGUGCCAAGGAGCUUCUCCCUCUGCUCCAGCACUGGCGUGGCCUGAGUCAGAAGGAAGUCGAGGAUAUCUGUGUGGCAGAGCGUCUUUCUCUUGCUGAGGUCGAGCAAGAUGUGGUUGCCAUUGUGACUGCUAAGGACAGCGAUGCCAUUGACAUCUUGCUGCAAAAUGUUAGCCCCGUCUCGGUGCGAACUUCCUUCGUGGCAGCUGGAUUCUCUCACAUGAAGGCGAUUUGGAGUAAGAUCCCAGAAGAUGUCCAAGUAACAGCCGCCGAAAAGCUCUUGGAUAUCUCUCUUGGCGAGUCUGACGAAACGCCUCUCGCAGACAAUUGCCGCGCUGUUCUUCGCAGUGUCGAGCUGUCGGGUGCCAUUCUUCUCAGCUUCAUUAACAAGAUUCCCGUUUCAUUGACUCACAUUGAGAGUCUUGGCCCCGCGCCCAAGCGCAGACGGACCAGCCAGAACAAUAUGAUUGCGAUGACCGUCAAGGAUGAGGCAGAAUUUAGCAAGCUCAUGGAUAAGAUGACCUUCAUUCUUGAAGUUGUGGACAGCUCCAGCCCUGAUUCUCACCCCGAGCUUGCCGGAGGCCUCUUCCAGACCCUUGCUGCUCUUCAUCACUUCAAGUCUCAGAUUCAAUCUGGUAUGAGCUACCUGCUCAGUCUCACUCUGGGCAGCCUAUUGGCCAUUGUCAACAAGUCCAAGGGAUCUCCUAAGCCGCUGUUCGACACUGCUGCCAUCCGGGCUGACUUGGUGGUGGAUUGCGUCCGCACAACCGAAAGCCCACAGGUGCAAAAUGCCGCCCUCCUCUUGGUCGCAGGCCUUUCUGUGAUUGCGCCGGAGCUCGUCCUUCACAGCGUGAUGCCGAUCUUCACAUUCAUGGGAUCAAGUGUUCUCCGCAAAGAUGAUGAUUACUCGGUUUCUGUCAUCGAUCAGACCAUUGACCAUGUUGUGCCGGCUCUUAUCCAGUCUCUGCGUAGCCAGAAGCGCGAUAUCGUUUCCGGAACCUCGGAACUCCUACUCAGCUUCACCGCCGCAUUCGAGCACAUCCCCUCGCACCGUCGUCUGCGACUCUUCCAUGCAUUGAUCACCAAGCUGGGCACUCAGGAUUUCUUGUUUGCUGUGUUAGCUAUGCUUGCGAACCGUUACUCCAACGACAAGGAUGUUCUCACUCUGAUGACUGGAGUGGCCUCAGACACCACUCCCGUUGUCGAGCUCACCACCUACAGCAAGUACCUCAACCUCGUCAUCGAUGCGUUGCAGCCUAAGGCCGGUAUUUCCCAGAUUCUACUUGGAAUCGGAAGCGAUGACGGCCGUGACCCUCAGAAGGUGGCCGUUGACUUGCUCCGUGAUCUCGCUCACCUACUCAAGCAUUCCUCCCUGAAGUCUAAGCUGGAGGCUGCUUUCGAGAAGGACGACGAGGUUGCAGGUCAAGUUCGCGCUUGCUUCUCGCGCGUUCUCGGACAGGUUUUGAACAUUGGCGAAUCCGUGCAAAGCAUGAAGCCCGUGAGCCAAGCAUGUGGCGAGGUUCUUGGCGCUCUUUUCAGCACCUUGUCUCUUGUCGACUUCUUAGAUACCAUUGAGGUCUUGCUGCAAGAGCCUAACGAUGACCUUCGUCGCAAGGUCCUCCGACUCCUGGAGAACCGCCUGCGCCAGACCCCCGAGCGUGACAACGAGUCCCAGAUUCGUGUCCUUGACUUCUUGCCUACUUUGGUCAAUAUUGUUGAAUCGUCACCCGACUCCAUGCUCAAGCAUGCCGCUGUCGCCUGUAUUGAUCGCAUCACCGAGAAGUACGGUCGCAAGGACCCUUCGAAGGUCAUCACUGCCGCCAGAGUCGUCGCUAGCGAAUCCUGUCUCGGCUACGAUGAUGACCGCAUUCGCAUCAUGGGUGUUUUGUGUCUGGCCUCUAUGGCCGAGGUUCUGGGCCAGGCUAUGAUCCCAGCCCUCCCCGAUACCCUCAAGCAGUCAGUGAAGCUGCUGGAGCUCAGCCUGGUUCCCGAAAAGGAGAACUCACGCCUGCACGACGCCGUUUUCUCGCUGUUCUCUGCCCUCCUCGACCACCUUCCCUUCAUGAUCUCCGCUGCCACUCUUGAUCAGAUUCUGCUGCUCUCUUUCAAGUCAACCAAUGCCAGCCUUGACGACUCCUCCGAGGACAGUCGCGAAGAGACCCUUCGCCUCAUGGCUGCUCGCAAGAUGGAUCUGACCGCCACUCUUGGCGCGAUUGACCGCAACUGGCAGAACGCUGUCAAGGCCGGACCAACUGCUACUACUGAGGUCCUGCAGGUCUUGAGCCUGGCUGUUGAGAAGAACCCCAAGUCCACUGUGGCCAAUAACAUUGGUGUUCUUACCACUAUUCUCUUCAAGGCCUUCGAUUUGCGACGUGAGCAAACCGCCCUUGGCGACCGUGCUCAGUUUGACGCCGGUGAUCUGGAUGAAGCUGAGACUACCAUGCACGAUGUCACGAUUAAGAUGAUCUACAAGCUCAACGACAGCACAUUCCGACCACUGUUCAUCAAGAUGGUCGAAUGGGCUACGAGUGCUCAGAAGGAUGAGCAAGCCCAACUCUCUCGUCUCACAACGUUCUACAAGUUCCUCCAGGUCUUCUUCGGCACCCUUCAGUCUAUUGUCACCGGUUACUCCAGCUACAUUUUGGAGCACACAGUCAAGAUUCUGGGUUCAAGUGGACCUGCCAAGGCCACCAAGCAGCUCUGGUUGGCUACACUCGGCACUCUGCGCAACUCAUUCGAACAUGACCAAGACGAAUUCUGGCAAUCUCCAUCCCACCUCAGCAGCAUCUCUGGUCCUCUCAUUUCGCAGUUGGCCCACGCAACCUCUUUGAAGUCAGCGGAACUCGUUGUCACAGAAGUUGUUCCCGCGAUUACCGAGCUUGCUACCGCAGCUGACUCGACUGAUAACCACAAGGAGCUUAACGUUGCUCUGAUGAGAUACCUCCGCCCCUCCACUGCUCCCAACGCCAAGUCGGCUGGUGGUGAUAACCCAUUCACUCGCCUUGCUGCCUUGAAAGCCGAGCAGGCUCUUACUGAGCAGCUCGGUGAAGAAUGGCUGGCUCUUCUUCCGGAGAUGCUGCCAUACAUCAGUGAACUAAUGGAGGAUGAGGACGAGAGUGUUGAGAGAGAAGUGCGCAAGUGGGUGAAACAGAUUGAGAGCGUACUGGGUGAGCGACUGGAUGAUAUGUUGACUUAA